CAAAAGAUAAGUCUGUAUUGUUCAACUGAUUCUUUCAUUCUAUUGUUAGCAGUUCCCUGUUCGCUCAUAACCCGGACAUUGCCAAAUAUUACAGCGAUUACCUUCCUCUAUCAUCUCAUCUCAGUCAAAUACUACCAGCGUCGUCGCAAACGAUCCAUAUCACCAUCGAAAUGUCUGCAAGCCCAACUCCGUCCGCCGGUGGCGACGUUAAGCAGAACGAACAGGUUCACUUUCGCUUCUGUCGCGAAUGCUCGAACUUGCUGUACCCGAAGGAAGAUCGCGUCAAUAACCGCCUGAUGUUCACCUGUCGCACGUGCCACGUCGGCGAGCCUGCCUCCUCCUAUUGCGUUUACCAGAACAAACUCAGCACUCAGGUUGGAGAUACCGCCGGUGUGACUCAGGAUGUCGCAUCUGAUCCUACGGUUUGUCUCCCAGGCUUUUGCACCCACUGCGGGGAAGAAAUCACCUGCUUCUCCUGUGGAUCGCCCGAGGAAGAUUCCCUGUUCGGGGAUGACUAUGACAGCUGUUCUGCAUAUUCCGGAGGGGGUGAUUACGCCAUGGAAUGGACAUCAAAAGGCCUUUGAGAUCUCCGUGGCUAACUUUGCUCUCUUUUUUUCUGCGUUUCUUAGCUCCCACGAUCCAACAAGACCUGCCCCAGCUGCGGCGAAUCAGAGGCCGUCUUCUUCCAGUCCCAACAGCGGUCGGCCGAGACGGGAAUGAAACUUUACUAUGUGUGCUGUGCGUGCGGUAAUGUUUAUGUGUGAUUUCUGCGCUGUCCGCCAUGUCUACCGUGUUUCCGAUACCCUUUAUCCGUUUUAUUUUUCCAUUCCGAGCAUAUCCGUGGAGUUUUCUGGUGCUUUUGUUCGUGUUUAUAUUGGAGGAGCGGUUCGUGGAAAACAGAAAUUUCUAUUGAUACAGGCUAUAUGAGGAAAUAAAACGAUUCGCUUGC